AGGCGAGACCCACCAUCCCCUUAUCCUGGGGGAGAACCAGGAGGCGACCUCGCCGACGGAGGCGACGGAAAAAGAAGCGACGGAGGUGCGGCAUAACGUCGUCAGCGAGCUGGACAGAAGAGCAAAACGCGUCCAGAGCUCGUCUCUUUGAACGAGGGUACCGCACCGAGGGAAAAGAGGAACUCUGACUACCAAUCCCCUGGUGUUUGAAAAUUUCCCCUGAUAACUUACGGUUCUGUAGUGCUCCAGUUCUCUACAGUGGUAAACCAGUGUGAUAACAAGUCUCAAAUGAUUAAGUGAUCCCGUGAAAGUGUGAUAGGUAGUGCAGAAAAAAUUCCAAGGUUUAGAAGCUAAGUGCAGAAGUAGUGCUGAUAAGCACAAGUUUGAAAAAUCAGUGAGCUAGUGGUGAUAUUGUUCAGUGGCAAGUGCGGAGGAGAGAAGAGGUGUGCUAGCAGUGACAGUAUAGUAGCAUGAGUUCGUACUUCGCCAAUUCCUAUAUCCCGGACCUGCGAAAUGGCGGGGUGGACCAUCCCCAUCAGCACCAGCAGCACUACGGGGCUGCCGUCCAGGUGCCCCAGCAGACCCAGUCUGUACCCCAGCAGCCCCAGCAGGGCUCGGAUCCCUGUGAUCCAGGCCUGCUCAGACAGGGUGUCCCGGCCCACCAUUAUGGAACCGCUGGAGGUCAGCAGGGUAUGCCCUACCCCAGGUUUCCACCCUACGACAGAAUGGACAUUAGAAAUGCGGCUUACUAUCAGCAGCAGCAGGAACAUUCAAGCAUGGACGGAAUGUCGGGGUACAGGUCGACCUCGCCGAGUUCGGGGAUGGGUCACAUGGGUCACACACCAACUCCCAACGGACACCCCUCAACACCCAUCGUCUACGCGAGCUGCAAACUCCAGGCAGCCGCGGUUGACCAUCAGGGCAGUGUCCUCGAUGGCCCGGACAGUCCACCCCUCGUCGAGCCCCAAAUUCACCAUCAGAUGCACACCCAACAUCCGCACAUGCAGGCCCAAGGGACUCAACACCAACAGCCUCAGCAGCAACAUCCUCAUAUGCAACAACAGCAUAUGAUGUACCAACAGCAACAAGCGGCGAGUCAAGCACCAACGGCGGCUAUGCAUCCGCAGCAACAACCCCAAGCGCAACAGCAUCAGGGAGUUGUGGCAUCGCCUCUUGGGUCGCAGCAACAGGCACCUCAAGGGGCGGCCACUGCUAACCUCCCGAGUCCGUUGUAUCCUUGGAUGAGGAGUCAGUUUGAGAGGAAGCGGGGAAGGCAAACCUACACUCGAUACCAAACACUAGAGCUGGAGAAGGAGUUCCACUUCAAUAGAUAUCUUACCAGGCGGCGACGUAUCGAGAUCGCGCACGCCCUUUGCCUGACGGAGCGACAGAUAAAAAUCUGGUUCCAAAACAGACGGAUGAAGUGGAAGAAGGAGAACAAAACGAAGGGUGAACCUGGCUCUGGUGACGGUGACACAGACAUUUCGCCACAGACGUCACCCCAAGGUUGAGAGCCUGAGGUGGGAGCUCUUCCAAAAGAGGUCUCGUCUCUCAGGGUUCUACCUUGUUUCCAGCACUACCUCCUCCCCCGAUGACCUCCAAAUGACCCCCACAGCAAUGACGCUUAUCUUGUCGUGUUAAUCAAGUUGCUCGUACCAAAAAGAAGACGAUGAGGCGGAAAAGGAAGCAGAGGAAGAGACCGAUUGCCGGACCAGAGGAGAACUAAGAACCUCGCAGUCAGGAAGAGGUUUCGAAAGGAAAUAAAAGAAAGGGAAACCAGUCAGAAGAGAAGAGUUACGGGAAUGCGCAAUUCUACUGAUAAACGGUGUUUAAAAAGCUGGAUCGCAUGCUAAUCAGAACCGCGUUAACCUCUAUUACGUUUAAUCGAAUGUAAUUUACUAAAGCCUAUAUAUAGGGAGAGAAAGAGAUACGAAAAUAUACGUAACUUUAUGUGACAGAUGGGACGAAUGAGCGGGAGAGCCUCCUGAGUGAAACGGAUGGAUGGGUAUCGCGCGAAUGUCCCGAGCGAAAGAUAGCGUAUGAGACCUGAUAGAAAACUUUUAUUAUUUAUUCUCUUACGUCGUACAUACGUAGAGCGUAUUUAGCGUUUUUUAGUGUAGAUACCGAUUAUCCAUUAUGUCUCUAGUAGCGGUAGGUAGAUGGUUUAGUAUCUUAGAGAUCGUUUAGAUAGUCCUCUACCACCGCGGUGGCUCGGCAAGGGUGUAAGAUUCCCGACGUGCCAAGUCUGAUCCGAUAAUGUUUCUCACGCGGAAGAGGAGUGGGUCGCGGCGAAUUCGAUCGGAAAAUUAAUGAAAAAUCGGAACUUGAAUCAGGCAGAAAAAUUAGGGAAAAUUAAAAAUUAAGAGGAAGGCAGCAAUUCAGAUUAUUCGCGAGAAAGGAAAACACCCGCUUUGUGUCUUCGUGAAAAAUGAGAUCUGCUCGUUGAUACUUAUACCCAGUGAUACGGUGAUACGUGUAAUCCAUAGUAGAGUCUGUAAUCGGCCGCGAACGAGGGGUGAAUGAUUGAGUGAAAGGACGAAUGCUUAGGAAGGCAGGAAGUCAAAAAUAGGAAAGGAAGAAGAUUAGGAAUGAGAAAAAAUUACAAGGGAAAGUGCGCGACUUCAGUGCCCUCCAGCGGAGCAGAGAGGAACAUCAACUGGGCAUUUCUUCCUCAGUGUCAUCUCAAGGUCAGUCCUAUAAGAAUUACUGGUAUCUAGUGUGUAGAUGUACGCUUGCACGCCAAUACCUUUACUUUCUUAUGGAAACUUUCGCACACAUUUUUAUUUACGUAUUUUUUCUUAAAGAGAUUUAUUUAUGCAGUGGCCCCCCUUUGUGAGAAACCCCGCCAAUGAAGUGUACAAUAAAGCCUAGAAUUGAGCUAUUUUAAUCAUUUUUCUUUUUGCAUAAUAUUGUAAAUACUUGAAUCAUUUUAUUUAUCAAAAAAUGCGUAAAUAAAAUGACACGCAAAUGGUUAUAAAAAAUAUUAUCAAUUGAAACAGUACUGUCCAGGAGUAGGAAACCUAAAAAAACUAGCAACUAAAAAGAUGUACUCACUUUCUGUAGUAUAUCUGUGGAACAAAAUAAAAUAAUGUUUAAAAAAGUGUUCGAAAGUUUGUAAUUGAUGUGGAAUUUGAUAAACUUUUCAAUGCUAUUUAAGAAUUUGUUCCAUCUUAUUUUGUUUUCGAGAUAUCCUGCGAGAAGUGAGUGCAUAUUUUUUUGGGCGUCCUCAUAAUCCUCGACGGUACAGUUUAUUUAUUGUUGAUAGUACUUUUUAAAAUUGUUUUAAGAAAGAAUGCCCAUAUUUGGAUCGAGACUAUUGAACCGGGCGUUAAUAUACCUAACCAAUGAAAGUUUAUAUUGAAGGGCGAUCUUAUCUAGCUAAUCCUUAGCAAACCGAAUUCCGCCUUCGGGUGGUUUCGCAACAAAUGAUCUCUGAUCAGUGAGUCCGUAGUGAUUAUUUUCGACGAAAUAACGUAAAAAUACGUAUAAAUACGUAGGUAUACUCAUGCCCGCCGCGAUUCUCCAUUUGUAAAUAUAUAUACAGAUUACUAUAUACGUAAAGGGAGACUAUCGAGAUCUCAAGGUCGAGAUGGGGCGCGAUCGAUUAUUUAUCGAAAAUUCACCCCUGCUCCGCAAACGCGAGGCCAAGUUACCAGUCACGUGGUGUGGAUUUCGAAACACUCGGCAGUUUGUCUUCAAUUUAAAGUUGUUUUCUUGUCUAAAGGAGUUUUUCAAUUUGGUAUCAUGAAUGCUAACAUGCAUUCAAUGCUAAGAUUUCUACCCUCUUAGUAGAAGAAAUAGAAAAAUUGAAGCAACUUUGAAUUUGAUUUGUUAUUAGAAGUUUUGAGUUUGUGAGUAAAUUUAACUGUCUUUUAUCAAUGUUCUGAGCUUGAUAAUAUUGCGCUGAGGUGGCUUUCGCAUAAUUGUUGAGCAGCAGAUCAAAGCUGGUUUGUUAAAGCUUGUCGCCUUUAAUUAGAACAUUCUGUUCUGUGAUGUCUUAAAAGCGGCAGCAGUAAAAGCCAGUGGACUAGUGAAUAAGACAAGAAAUUAGGCAAACUAUAUUCAUCCGCUAAAAAGGACAUUUUGAAGGAAAUUAAUUUCCUAAUUGAAUAUUUGCCAAUAGUAUGAGAUUUAUCACAAUUUUUUAAAGAAUAAUUACUAUUUGAUUCUCUGAGUGAAUUCAAAACAUCUAGUCCAUGAUAAUCAAAGUGCCGAGUGUUUCUAGAGUGAGUGCAAAAUGGAUAAUUGUUUGCCCUAUGAGCAAUUGAUCAAUCGAUCGAAUCGAUCGAAAAGUGAUUGAUCAAUCGAUCGCAGAAGGGAUUAUCGAAUCUUGGUGACCGAGACCGCGCCGCGGCGAAUUCUGUGCUGUGUUGUAAAAUUAGUUAUCGACACUUAGUUUUUAUGAUACACACGACAACAAUAUAUACGUAAUUGAGAUAUUAUAUUAUUAUAAAUAUAGACAAGGAUAUUAUAUUUAAUGAAAAUUUUUCCAAGCGUCGCAUAAAGCCGAAAAUUGGGGUUUUGGCUUGCCCCACCCCGUUCACCCAGAUUACAAAAAUGAUGUAAUAUUUACUAUAUGAGAGGGCACGGAUCUGGUCAAAUUCAAUUUAAAAAAAAAAUAAUGAAAACUGCAAUACUUUUUUGUCCCUUCACUUUUUCAAACAACUUCCUUAAAAAAAUUACAAACAUUACAAAAAAAGAGUUAUUUAGAAUUAAAUUCUUGUAACUUAGACUAUAAGUCUUAAAGAAAAUUUUUAUUUUAUUUACAUUUUGUUACAGAGACUUUAUUAAAAGUUUAAUUAUUUUUAUUUUUUUUUCAGUAGCGCUGAUCUACACUCAGACAUCUAGUAUUUAAUAAAUAAUUUCCAAGUUAAUUUAUUAUUUAUUAAAUACCCUCACCGAUUUGUUCAGAUCAGCGCCACUGGUUUUCAUAAUAAUAGUACAUUUAUUUUAGCAAAAGUUGUUUAAUUGAAAAUCGAAGCGAAAUAAGAUAUUUUUAAUCGGGUCCACCCCUAUCCGUUGCCCUUGAUACCGAUGUACGUAAUGCGUGGUCCAGCUCGCGUGUCGAUUGAGAACGACCAGCCUUUCUUUCCCGAGAGAUUUAUUUAUGUAAUUUUCAGCUUUGAAGCGCAACGAACUGUAAACCCCCCCGGUCAUCGCUCGUUGCAACGCCGCACGUCGAUUGCAAUUCGAAAAGCCCGCCGCGCCCGUUUCUGAUCGACCAAUGUUUUUUCAUCCUGUUACUUCAAUUUUCAUCAAUGUCCGUUAAAAUUUCCAACUUUUUUCAAUCCUUAAGGUUCUAUCUCGGGGCAUUCGUACAGAAAGGUUCUAUCUCGAGGCGUUCAUACAGAAAGGUUCCAUCUCGAGGUAUGCAUACAGAAAGGUUUUAUCUUUUUUAUUUUUGUUUUUUUCUGGCAUAGAGAAAGGCUUUAGCGCCAUCUCUGAGAUAGAAGCUUUCUCUAAGAAGCUCUGGGAUAGAACCUUACUGUAUGAACUCACUGAGAUAGAACCUUUCUGUAUGAAGGUCCCGAAAUAGAACUUUAUAAAGUGGAAAAUUUUGCAAUUCAAGAACAUAUAUAAAAAUGCACCUUGACAUUCGUUUCGUAUUCUAAUUAUGCAUUGAUCAGUCAUCUAAUCUAAAUGGGUCACUUAAUAACGGCAUAUUGAAGUGCAGGGUGCGGCUCGCGAGACAAAAAGUAGAUUUAUCACCUUUCGAGUGACUAUUGUUGCGCCACCUUUAUACAUUUUACGAUCUCUCAAAGUGACACUCCUGAAGACACUAAUCGAUAAGGAAAGACUUCUGUUUUUAUAUAAAUUUGAUAUUGAUAUAAAUUCCUGAAAGGAUUUAGUCUCGAUUUAAUAUAAAGAAAUAAUUUAUGUUCCUCUUUCUCAAAAUUGUAAUUCACUCUUUUAACAUAAUCACUUAUUUGAUCGUAGAAUGUAAUUUUUGUACAAAUGAGAAACACGUGCUAGUGCAAUCUUUUCAAUUUGCAAUGAUAUUGCAAAUAAAAAAAGUAGUUUAUAAAACGUAUUUAUAAUAAUUGUAUCGAUUCGCGUAAAAAUUGAGGCGGGCUUCGCGAAUCGUUACAAAGAGCGAUCGCCGCGACAACCGAUGUACGUAAAAAUUUUGUAUCCACUGGAUAUUAAAUUAAAAUAUACUUACCUAGGUAUUUAUAAAGCGGGAAGAUGUGUGUAGGUUUAACCAUAGAGGUAUAAAUGAAAAUUAUAUAUUUUAUCUCUAUUCGUAUGCAACCGCGCAUAAGAGUUAUGCGUAGAAAAAUGGGGAAAACGAUUAGGAAGUGGAUGUAUGUAGAGUUUUAAAAGAAAAGAAGAAAAUUGCGUACGAGGUGUGUCAUUAAGAUAGCCCUAUUUCUAAGCUUAACGUCUAAAUCUUAAAUGAGAGUAAGAAAUUUAGGAUUUAAGGAAAGUGGCGUGCAGUUGUAGCGGGCGGGGGCGAUGGUCUCAUUUUUUUUUUUUAUUAAAAAUAAAUCUGUACAGUUAUGAAUCAACAGUCGUGCUUAAAGAGAGGAGGACAAUAAUUUCAAAACAGUCGAAAAAGGUUUCUCUUUUCAGUUUAUCAACUUUGGUACUUUCGAAAAAUUUAAUUUAUACGAAAACCAAAGAUUUUUUAGUAUUUAAAAUAUUGGAGAAACUCUUUCGAGACUUGAGUGAAAUUAUUUUGGUCGAAUUUGCGGAGAUGUACAUAAUUUAAUACUUCUAAAGGCCCGCAAAUGCCAAACGAUGCCCAGUGAAAAAAAAAUAAGUGCACAAACUGUAAAUUUUAUCGGUCCUUAAUAUUAUUUAGUUAUGUAGUAUUUAUUAAUAUGUUAUGCGUCAAGAAAAGGGAUUUUUUGUUUUUACUGAAUGUCUAAUAAAUAUUUUUCACAACGCAAAACUUGCAGGCAUUUUUUCGAUACUUUGAUUCUAUUUCCUUCCUUAUUGUUUCACGCGAUCAAGUGGCAAUUUAUGAUUUGCGGUUCAGUUAAAUUUAAUGAAACUUUAAAAGUAAAUAAAAAUAAUAAAAAAUUGAUAAACAAAGCCACGUCCUCGCUCGCGAAAACGCCGAAGAGUUCCUGGUCCUCCUGUUUCGACAGGUUUCGACAUUAGUCGUGUAUACAUAGGUCCGAUAUCUAUCUAAUUACCUAAUUAUACGUAAUGGGAUUAUCUCCCAUCUUCACUUCGCUCCAUACUAUUAAAUUUAUUUUCCAUCACUUUUUUUUGACACACACACAUAUAAAUAUACACACUCUGCAAAUCUUCUUUUCGUAAUGUAAAAAAGUAGCAACCACCAAUCACUCCUUCCAACGAUCAUACCACAUCAAUUUCAGUUUUUGUCAAAGGAUCCCGCGCCAAAUGUAUAAGUUUUUCUCAUAAUUCCUCAUUAAAAUUUUUUCAAAUUUCGAACAUGUAGAUUAAUAAUUCGAAAGAAAAUUACCAGAAAAAUGGAAUUGACAGAUAUGCAAAUUUUUUAUCUAAUUUUCUGUAUUCUGGAUGGUUGAAAGUUUUCCACUUCCCCUGGACAUUAAAGCAAGGAAAUCGACAAUUCUUCAAAAUUAAAACUACAUGAAAUUUUUGUAUUUAAUUUUUGGGGAUAGAAAUCACUUCAAAAUAAGCUUGGGAAACAGAUCUUCUGUCAAAAAAGUCGUUAAAUUUAUUUUAAGAGUUUAAUUAAAACCCUGAUAGUUUAAUUGAACAAUCUGUUGAAAUUUUGCUUGGAAGGAAAUGUAGUUUUUGAACAUUAUAACAGUUCAAUAAUAGAAGAACUUUUAUAUUAAACCACUAGUAAACAUUUUAGGUUUGUCAAACCGGAAAAUGACAGUGAAUUAAUUUUUUUACCUGGAAUUUGGAAAAUUUUAGAAAAAAAAAUCUGUGCAACUUUGAUUUCAACCGUUGUUUGAAUAAUUAGUUGAAUUUUUAAUUUUUUCAAUCAUGAUAUCAUUCAGUUUAGAAUACCUAACACAAAAAUCCUUCACUUUCAAUAUUUUCCAUUUUAG